AUGGGACUCGUGGUCGAGCUGGAAAAAGCGCAGUCCACCGGUAGGCAGCACGACGAGUCGUUGCGCCUUUGCGAGAGCCGGCUGGAGAAGCUCUCCAGUGGUGUCUCCGAGAUCUCGCAAGGUGUGGUCGAUGCAAAGGCCUUGGCGCAGAAGGGCGUGGAUCGAGCCCAGCAGAGCUUCGAGCUCACGCAGCAGCGUGCGGUCGAGCUGAAGGAGCUCCUCGAGCAGCAAGGCGCCGACACCGGGCCCAAGCUGGAGGCGUUGCGGAGUGCUCAGGCGGAGCACUCGAAGCAGCUGGAGCAGUUGGGCCGCAGUUGUGGAGACCUCACCGAGGCACGUCGAGGUCUCCUUGCGGACGUGGAAAAGUGCCAAUCUGCCAGCAGGCAGUUGGAGGAAGCUCUGAGACAUGCAGAGGUGAAGAUCGAGAAGAUCUCCUCCUUCUCGAACCAGCAUUCUGAAGGCCUGGCCGAGGCCCGCACCUUCGCCCGGGACAGCGCCGAGAAGGCGGUGCUGCAGCUGCGGCAGCUGCUGGAGAGCCAAGUCGCCGAGCUCAAGGAGCAGAUGCAGGAGCAGAUGGAGCGUCGAAGCGGAGAUGCAUUCAAGGCGUUGAAGGCCUUGGAGGUGGACCAGCAACAGCAGCUGGAGCGGCUCUCGCGCACGAGCGCGGAGCUCUUGGAGGCGAAGAAAGGACUCGGACGCCGUGAGAUGCAUUUGACAGCGCGUGGUCGAAAGGAUCUGAAAGGAUCAUGGUUCGGAUUAGGUUUGGUGCGCGACACCAAUGUCAUCAACACGAUGAUGAUGUCAGUGGCCUCCAUGGCCAUCGUUUGCUUGACCUGGGUCGUCUUCGGAUUCUCCUGGGCCUUUGGAGACAACGGCGGUGGCUUCGGGAUGUUUGUGGGGAACUUUGAGUACAGCUUCUGGAUGAAUCUGGACAUGAAGAUGUGGGGCGACUCCGGACUGCCAGGUCUGUGCUUCGCAGCCUUCCAGAUGACCUUUGCCAUCAUUGCCUCGGCGAUCAUCUCCGGCUCGUUGGUGGAGCGCAUGCGCUUCAGCGCUUACUCCAUCAUGUUGGCCUUGUGGUCCCUGCUGAUCUACGCCCCGCUCUGCCACUGGGUUUGGGGCCCCAACGGCUGGAUCGCCGAGAUGGGCGCUUUGGACUUCGCGGGCGGUACCGUGGUUCACAUCAGCUCCGGUGUCUCGGGUUUGGUGGCUGGCGCCAUCGUGGGACCGCGACGCCAUGUGGAGAAGGAGCUGGGCCCGGCCAACGCGCCCUUCGUGAUCUUGGGUGGCGACCCGGAUGAAGAAGCGGCUGAGGAGACAGGAGGCAGCCUCCUUUGGUUUGGCUGGUUGGGCUUCAAUGGUGGCUCCGCCUUGUCCGUGAGCGACGGCGUGGCAGCACGUGCGGUGGCCACCACGUUCGUGGCAGCCGCCUCCUCCAUGCUCAGCUGGCUGAUGCUUGAACGUCUUCUCAAAGGCAAAUCCAGCAGUGUGGGCGCCUCCGUCGGCGCGGUGGCCGGACUCGUGUGCAUCACCCCGGGCGCCGGCUUCGUGACACCCGGCUGGAGCAUCGUGAUUGGGCCUUGGGCGCAGUGUCUUGGUGUCCAGAGCGCUUUUGAGGUCUGGUGCUACGUCUCCGUGGAGGUGGUGAAUCGCGUGAACUUGGUCGAUGACACGCUGGAUGCCUUCGGCUUGCAUGGCAUGGGCGGCAUUGGUGGGGCCAUCUUGACGGGAAUCUUUGCCUUGGAUGGUGGCCUCAUCUACACCGGAAACUUUGAAUUGUUGGGCAAGCAGAUCGCCGGUGCCAUGGCCGGUGUGGCCUUCUCCGCCAUCGGUACUGCCAUCAUCGUGGUGGCGCUGCGCUUGGUCAUGAGGGUGAGAAUCCCCGAAGAGCAAGAGAUUGAGGGUGUUGACCAGCACACCCACGGCGAGACCUACCACAGCCCUGUGAAGAAGCAACUGGAGGAGUCCCUGCGACACGUGGACGCGCGCCUGGAACGCGUCUCCCUGGUGGCCACGCAGAGCUCCGAAGGCGUGGCUGAAGUGAAGACUUUGGCGCUGCACUCCGCGGAGAACGCGGUGAUGCGCAGCCGGGAUCUGCUGGAGCAACGCUCGGCCGAGCUGAAGGCACGCAGCGACGCUGCGCAUGAAGAGCUGCGAUCAGUGCGAGUGUUCAUCCAGGAGGAAGGUCAACGACACCUGCAGGCAAGCCAUGCUGAAGCAAGUGCUUGUGAACAUCGUGUGAGAGAAUGGCUCGUGGUGCACGAGAAGGAAGCGCAAGAUCUGCGAGCCAACCUCGAUGAGCAGAUGAAACGUCAGGAGACCUUGUCGACCGCUUUGCAGGAGGUCUCGGAGAUCUUUCAGAGCAAAGUCUCGAAGGUCACCACCGACUUUGCCGAGCAGAAGGACAACCUCAAGAAGUAUCUCACGGAUGCCUUGCGCAAGUGCGAGCAGAAGUUGCAGGCUCUGACCGCCCAGCCUCGGGUGAUGGCUUUGGUGAUGGACGAGCUGGAGGGGGUCGUUCGGGGUGUCACCCAACGAGAGCUGCAGGUCUUUCAGCGAGAGGCUCUGGAUUCGAUGGAGUGGAAGCUGGAACGCUGUGUGCAAUGGCUGCACGGAGCCAAUGUGAAGCUGGGCUUGAACCCACAGGGCACGCUCUUCUCCACCGACCGGUUCCGUGAGAUGCUCUUUGAAGAGUCCGAUCCAGUGACGCCAGGUUCGCAGCCAAGGGGCACCAUCCAGUCGGCGCGCGCGAGAAGCGGGUCACGCACAAGGUCUUGA